GCGGCGCAGGCGCCUUGUUGGUGACCUCGGGGCAGCGAGCGGCCUCCUGCUGCGCUCAGUCCGGCCCGGACGCGCCGCCAUGGCCAUGCUGUGCCGCCUGGCUCCCCGGGGCAGGAGUUGCACUCAGCUAAUUGCAGCUUUGGGAUGUUCGGCCUCCAGGCAAAAACACACUCUUCCUGACUUGCCUUAUGACUAUGGUGCUCUGCAACCCCACAUCAGUGCAGAAAUCAUGCUGCUACACCACAGCAAACAUCAUGCUACUUAUGUGAAUAAUCUGAAUGUUGCAGAGGAGAAAUAUAAAGAGGCAUUGGCAAAAGGUGAUGUUACAGCUCAGGUGUCUCUUCAACCUGCACUAAAGUUCAAUGGUGGGGGUCAUAUCAACCACACCAUCUUCUGGACAAACCUUUCUCCUAAUGGGGGAGGAGAGCCUCAAGGGGAACUGAUGGAAGCCAUCAAACGUGACUUUGGCUCCUUUGGAAACUUCAAGGAGAAGCUGACGGCAGUAUCGGUUGGUGUUCAAGGCUCAGGAUGGGGGUGGCUUGGUUUUAACCAGGACCAAGGCCACCUGCAGGUCACUGCUUGUUACAAUCAAGACCCUCUGCAAGGAACAACAGGUCUUAUUCCUCUGUUAGGAAUUGAUGUGUGGGAGCAUGCUUAUUAUCUUCAAUAUAAAAAUGUUAGACCUGACUAUCUAAAAGCUAUCUGGAAUGUGAUCAGCUGGGAGAAUGUAUCUGCAAGAUACACAGCUUGCAAAAAAUAAAGUGGAGGUCUCCCACAGACUAUUAAAGAGCACCAGUUCUACUCCGAAAUCAUUUUUGUAGUAGUGUGUUUACUGGCUUGUUAAUGAGUCGUUCCACUGCUGAAAACACUUUAAUGCAUCCAAUGAAACCAUUUGCAAUCAAGCCAAGUAUUGCUUGUCGAAUUCCGUGAAAGGUAUUUACCUAUAGAUUUAAAGCUUUAAACGCUCUUGUGCAACAAAUGGAAACAAUUCUCUAAUUCUUUGUAGGGAUAUAACUUUAAAAUUUCAUUGUGGUCCUACUGAACUUUCCUGUAUUUGAUAGCAGUAAAUUUAAUUGAAUGUAUCUAGUAUUGUCCUUUAUUAUAGAAGGGAAAACCAAGCUAAUCUACAUCACAGUGGCUUUGUGAGGAAUAGUUCCGUAUGAAGCACUAUAAAGGUGCUAAUUAUUAACAACAUACCAAGACAUUUCACAAUACUUGCACAGAUUGUUAGGGAAAUUGUUUCCAAGAGCUUUAAUGAUUUCAAAGGCAAAAGUGGUACUAAAAAUAACUAUUACAAGUUAAAUAUGCAGUGCCAGGUAGCUUCCUUUAGAAAGUGAUAAUAGCAAACUUUUAAAAAAAAAGACUGCAUUGAAUGGGGAGUAGUGGGACGCCUGAUUCACUGGUGGUAAGGGGGUUUGUUAUGCUCUUGAAGCUUCAGUGUAUGAGUGUUGGUCUCUUUAUUUAGGAGCCAGUGAAGAUAGAAGUAUUUUCCCACAGCUGUGUUCCAUUCCAUAUGGAAAUAUAAUUGACAGCAAGUGAUGAUGAUCCGAUUACUGAAUGUUUUCUGAUGUUUAUUGAUCUAACUUAAUUCCUUGUUGCGCUUAAGUAUUCAAGUAGAAAUGUAUGUACCUUAUUUGUUGCCAUAAAUAAAAACAAAAAAAAUCAAUAACUGAAUCCGUAGUAAUAUAACUUUCCCCUUCAGCUGCAGCACAAAAGGACCACCAAGCUGCCUACAUACAACAGGUAUCACAACAAACUUCCUUGGACCUCUGAGGAUGUGUGAUGCAGGGCCAAGUGGGAACUGCUAUGCUUUGUGUGCUCUGCAUUUUUUUUAAAUACAAUACAUGGGGUAAUUGGCUUUGCAAUGUUUUGCCUCUACUAUCUUGGUAAAAUAAGCUUUUUUUCAAGGUGUCUUCCUGAAAAUAGAUAUGGUCUUAUAACUCACAGUUGAGAUAGUAAAUGUAGUUUAGCAAGAAAAUGCAAUACUGGGAGCCAGAAUUGAUUUUAAAUCAGCAAUUUAAAUCAUGGUUUAAAUUACGAAGUCGAAAGCCUUGAUUUAAGUAAUUGUUUUUAAUCAUCUUUUCCAUCUGUACUUUUUUUCUAAAAAAAAAGGUGCAUUCUCAUUGAUAUAACCACUGAAAUGUUGAUUUACAAUAAAAAGCCUUUUCACUA